AUGGAAGCUAGUGGGAAUAAUAACAAGCCGAAGCAGCGACAAACGGAUAUUAUAUUACACUGUGCAGGCCCGCAAGUCCUUGAGGUUUAUGAUCAUUUUGAAUUUGAAGGAGAAAAUGACAAAAAUGAUCCUGUUAAUGUGCUCGAAAAAUUAGAGGAAUAUUGCAAUCCACGACAAAAUGAAGUUCUGCAAUCCUUUCGCUUUUGGCAAGUACCCUUCCAAGAACCUUUUGACACAUUCCUAACAAAGUUGUACUCUUACGCUGAUUCAUGCAAUUUCAAGGAAAAAGAAAGAAUGAUACGAGACAAGAUAGUCUUCACUGUAACCGGUAAGCAACAAGAACUGUUAUUACGAGAGACUAGUUUAGACUUAAAGAAAGCUGUAGAAAUAUGCAGAGCCUAUGAGAUCACCUCGAGAAAUAAAAAGGAAAUGAGUGAAAGCAGUCAACUACAGAAGAUUGAGCAGAUAGCUGGCAUGAAAAACUCAAAGUAUCCAUCAAAACAACAUGCUGAACAACAAAAGAACAGGAAUAACCCUCACAUCCUGAAGGAGUGCAAUUUUUGUGGAAAGUCUCAUGAAGCCAUUAAGACAAAGUGUCCCGCCUGGGGAAAGCUCUGUAACCAUUGUAAAGGCAGAAACCAUUUUGAAGUCAAGUGCAAGAAAGUACACACACUAGAGACAAAGAGCAACUCUGAUGCAUCUGAUGACUCCGAUACCAACUGGCUUGCAACUGUGGAAGUUCCCAACAAAACCCGUGCCACUGCUCUGAUGCAAGUAAAUGACUGUGACGUCAGAUUUCAGCUUGACACUGGAGCCGAUGUGAACACACUGUGCCAAAAAUUUGUACCACCAACACAGGUGGAACCCACCACACAGAAAUUAAUCAUGUGGAACAAGUCCAAGGUCAACCCAUUGGGAGAAACUACCUUGAAGGUCACAAACCCAAAGAAUGAGGAAGAAACCGUGGUCGAUUUUAUUGUUGUCCCAAACGAUUAUAGCUGUCUUCUGGGACUGUCAACUAUACAACAAAUGGGACUACUUACAAUCAAUGAUGGCAACUUCAUAGCCCAUAUAAGCACUGACGCUAAUCAGUUAGGAUCGUUGGGAGAAACACAACUACAUGUUGAUCCAAAUGUCCCACCAAGAGCACUUCCAUGUAGGAAACUGCCACAAGCAUUGCAAGAGAAUGUUAAGGAGGAACUUAACCACUUAGUUGAAGCUGGCGUACUGGUGCCUGUGGAAGAACCAACUGCUUGGGUAAGCCAAAUGGCAGUUGUAAAGAAACCAAACGGAUCUUUGAGAAUCUGUAUUGACCCACAACCAUUAAAUGCAGCCCUGCAAAGAGAGCACUACAAGCUACCAACACUAGAUGAUGUUCUACCUAGUCUCAGCCAAGCACGAGUAUUUAGCAAACUCGACGUGAAACAAGCCUACUGGCAUGUCCAACUGGACAAUGAAUCUAGCUUACUCACCACCAUGAUUACACCAUUUGGACGAUACAGAUGGGCCCGGCUCCCAUUUGGGCUCAAGGUCAGCAGUGAGAUAUUUCAAAGAAAGCUCAAUGAGGCACUUGUUGGUCUCAAUGGUGUGAUAUGCAUUGCAGAUGAUCUGGUUGUGUAUGGGAGUGGCAACACAAGAGAAGAAGCUGAUGCUGAUCAUGAGCAGAACCUCCUGGCACUGCAAGAAAGAUGCGCAUAA